UAGGAAAGUGGGAAAAGUUUCUCUUUGUGUUUUCCUAGGGCUGGAUAAGGCUGCUACUGUGGUAGCACUGUGGGACAGGCUCCUGCGAUCUUGAGGUGUAAAGGAUAUAUUCCCAAGGUGUUCUUGCUCACAGGGAGCGAAAGGCACCCCAGUCAGCCUCAGGUGGGAGCAGCAAAGCAAUGGCACAGGGACACGUCCAUCCUCGACUCUCUCCUCCCGGGUCCGGACCUAGAUUCUAGCGAAGUCCGUGCUCCGGCAGCGUCCCUCGACACAGACAGGGAUGAGAUCCCGAAACCAAGGCGGAGAAAGCUCGUCUAACGGGCACUUCUCCAGUUCCAAGCCUGUCAUCAGCCAUGCAGAGAACGAAAAACUUCAGGAGGAUGCCAAGAAAAAGAACAAACCUCAUCGGAAGGAAGAUGAGGUCAUGGUAUCUGCAACUGUCAAGCGGCACUCAAAAUCACCUGGACCUAGUGAACGAAAGAACAAGAAGUCCAUAGAGCUUUCUAAAGAGGACUUAAUAAAACUCCUCAGCAUAAUGGAAGGAGAAUUGCAGGCAAGGGAGGAUGUGAUCCACAUGCUGAAGACAGAGAAAACCAAACCUGAAGUUUUAGAAGCUCAUUAUGGAUCUGCAGCUCCAGAGAAUGUGCUCCGAGUGCUACACAGGGAUGCCAUCCUUGCUCAAGAAAAAUCAAUAGGAGAAGAUGUCUAUGAGAAACCAAUUUCAGAGCUGGACAGACUUGAAGAAAAGCAGAAAGAGACAUAUCGACGCAUGCUGGAACAGCUCCUCUUGGCAGAAAAGUGCCAUCGCCGCACAGUUUAUGAGCUAGAAAAUGAGAAGCAUAAACAUACAGAUUACAUGAACAAGAGCGAUGACUUUACCAACCUCUUGGAACAGGAACGCGAGAGGUUGAAGAAACUUCUCGAGCAGGAGAAAAUCUAUCAAGCUCGCAAGGAGAAAGAACAUACAAAACGACUCAAUAAACUAAGAGAAGAACUAGUCAAGCUCAAAUCAUUUGCACUCAUGCUGGUGGAUGAAAGACAAAUGCAUAUUGAACAACUUGGGCAACAAAGCCAGAAAAUACAAGAUCUAAAUCAAAAACUAAAGGAAGAAGAAGAAAAGCUUAAAAUUAUUACUGCGAAAACAAAAGAAGAUGGACAAAAACUGAUGAAGUUAGAAACGGAACUUGAGCACAGGACAUUAUCAUUUUCUCAAGAACAUGAGGAGAUGACGGCAAAACUGGCUAAUCAAGAGUCGCAUAAUAGACAGCUAAGGCUUAAGCUAGUUGGGUUGACCCGUCGAAUAGAGGAACUAGAAGAAACUAACAAAAAUCUUCAAAAAGCAGAGGAAGAACUUCAGGAACUAAGAGAUAAAAUAGCAAAAGGGGAAUGUGGGAACUCUAGCUUAAUGGCGGAAGUGGAAAACCUCCGCAAGCGUGUGCUUGAGAUGGAGGGAAAAGAUGAAGAGAUCACAAAAACUGAAUCUCAGUGUAAAGAGUUGAAAAAUAAACUGCAAAAGGAGGAGCACCAUAGCAAAGAACUGAGGCUUGAAGUGGAAAAAUUGCAGAAAAGAAUGUCAGAAUUAGAGAAACUGGAAGAGGCUUUUAGUAAAAGUAAGUCUGAGUGCAACCAGUUGCAAUUAAACUUGGAGAAAGAAAAGAAUUUAACUAAAGAUUUGAUAAAUGAGUUGGAAGUGGUGAAGGCUCGAGUAAAAGACCUUGAGUCAUCAGAAAGCGAUUUGGAAAAGGCUGAAAUAAGCUUAAAAGAUGACCUUACAAAGCUGAAGUCAUUUACUGUAAUGUUGGUUGAUGAGCGAAAAAAUAUGAUGGAAAAAAUAAAACAGGAGGAAAAAAAGGUUGAAGGUUUAAACAAGAAUUUUAAAGUGGAACAAGCGAAAGUUAUGGAUGUUACUGAGAAACUGAUAGAAGAAAGUAAGAAGUUCUUGAAAAUGAAAUCUGAAAUGGAGGAGAAAGUGUCUAGCUUAACAAAGGAAAGAGAUGAGUUAAUCUGCAAACUGAAAAGUGAAGAAGAAAAAUCCUCUGAACUAAGCUGUAGAGUUGACCUGUUAAAGAAAAGAAUUGAUGGUAUGGAGGAAGUAGAAAGAGAAAUAACAAGAGGUAGAGCCAGGAAAGGCCCGGAGCAUGCUUGUCAUGAGGACAAUAAGAUUAAGGAACUUACCAUUGAAAUUGAAAAACUGAAAAAACGUCUCAAGCAACUGGAAGUGGUUGAAGGAGAUCUGAUGAAGACAGAAGACGAGUAUGAUCAGCUAGAGCAGAAAUUUAGAACUGAGCAGGACAAAGCUAACUUUCUUUCUCAACAGCUGGAGGAGAUGAAACUCCAGAUUGCCAAAAACAAAGCCAUAGAAAAAGGUGAAGCAGUGAGCCAGGAGGCCGAGUUGAGGCACAGGUUUCGCCUGGAAGAGGCUAAAAGCAGAGAUUUGAAAGCAGAAGUUCAAGCACUGAAGGAGAAAAUCCAUGAGCUGAUGAACAAAGAAGACCAGCUUUCCCAGCUCCAAGUUGAUUAUUCAGUUCUUCAGCAAAGAUUUAUGGAGGAAGAAAAUAAAAAUAAAAGCAUGGGGCAGGAAGUUCUGAACUUAACAAGAGAGUUGGAACUUUCUAAGCGUUACAGUCGUGCUCUGAGACCCAGCAUAAAUGGACGGAGAAUGGUAGAUGUUCCUGUGACAUCCACUGGUGUGCAAACAGAUGCUGUAAGCAGUGAAGCAGCAGAAGAAGAAACUCCUGCUGUAUUUAUAAGGAAAUCCUUCCAGGAGGAGAACCACAUCAUGAGCAAUCUGCGACAGGUAGGUCUGAAAAAACCCAUGGAGCGUUCUUCAGUGCUUGAGAGAUAUCCUCCAGCAGCAAAUGAACUUGCAAUGAGGAAAUCUUGGAUACCGUGGAUGAGAAAGAGGGAAACUGGGGCUCAGGGAACUCCUGACAAAGGAACCCGAAGCCAUGGUAGUGCAGGGCAUCCUGGGGAGGUUGUCCUGUCACCAAAGCAAGGCCAACCUCUUCAUAUUCGAGUGACACCGGAUCAUGAGAAUAGCACAGCUACUUUGGAGAUAACCAGUCCAACCUCAGAGGAAUUCUUUUCAAGCACCACUGUCAUUCCUACUUUGGGAAAUCAGAAGCCACGAAUAACCAUCAUUCCUUCUCCAAAUGUUAUGUCCCAAAAAGGAAAAGGCAGUGAAAGCCCAAUGGGCCCAGAUCGUUCUAUGUCUCCAGUCACUAUAACAACAUUUUCCAGAGAAAAGUCUCCAGAUGGAGGGAGAGCACCCUUUGUGGACAGACCUGCAUCACCAAUUCAGAUUAUGACAGUAUCGACAUCUGCAGCACCAGCAGAAAUCUCUGUUUCUCCACAGUCACAAGAUAUGACCAUGGGAAGGGCUGUCUUCAAAGUAACACCAGAAAAACAAACUGUUCCAACCCCAGUCCGGAAGUACAAUGCCAACGCCAACAUAAUAACCACAGAGGACAACAAAAUUCACAUCCACCUAGGUUCUCAGUUUAAGCGCUCUCCUGGUGCUGCAUCUGAUGCAUCUGGUGCAAGUCCCGUGAUAACAGUCAGACCGGUGAACAUCGCAGCAGAAAAAGAAGUUGUGACUGGUACUGUCCUGCGAUCCCCCCGGAACAAUCUUUCCCCGCGACCAGGAGCGAGCAAAGUGACAAGUACUAUCACUAUAACUCCUGUUACAACAUCGUCCACACGAGGAACACAAUCAGUGACAGGACAGGAUGGGUCAUCCCCGAGACCUACACCCACCCGCAUUCCCGUGUCAAAAGAGAGCGUCAUCAUUCAUCAGUUACGCAUGAACUCCAGAUGAGCCUCGAGCCCCGAUGGAUGCUCUGUGUGUGCACUACCCUCCUCACCAGCUGGAUGGAUCACUGCAGCAGCUCUCUGCCGUCAACACCAGGGUCACUUGUGCUACUGAUUUUUCUCGGAAGUACUUUAUUGCUUCCACUAGGUUUUAUAUAUAUUUUUUUCUUGGUAGAACUUUUAAGAAUGAAUGGCCUUGCUGAUUUUUUGAGAGUACAUAGUCAGAGAGAGAGUAGCAGUCCUUCUGCCAGCUGAAUUUCACUUUUAUUUGCAAAGCCUAAAGCACGUGCUUGAUUUUGUUUGAUGUUUGCUAUAUAAUUUAUUUUUAUAAUACACUUUGUAAUGUAACUGUCCCAGAGUUGCAAUUCUUGUUGUCCAUGGCGCAUUUAUUUGUAGAAUACACUGUUAAAUUUGCAAUUCGAUAUUUUUGUAAUAGAGAGUAUGUAAAGAAAGUAAAAUUUAACUUCAGCAACAUUUUAUCUUUAAAUGGAAAAGUAUUCAGCACAAAUUUUGCCACCAUAUGAUUCUGUGAGACUAAAUGCUCUGAAGACUGCUGUAUAGAAUUUGUACUGUUGCAGAAUAUUUCUUGCACUGUGUGAUGGUUUGGCAUAAAAUUAAGUGCUGAAGUCCAAUGCCUUGAAAUACAACCAGAAUUACUCAUUUUAAACAAUGUAAGCCAGUUUUUAAAGCUGUGAUUUUUUUUCUAUAUAACGUAUGUUUUUACUUCUGCCUGUACCAAAAGAGUUGAUUUUCAUUACACUGUAAUUAAUAAAUUUUCACAACUAUGCAAAUGUAAUCAAGUGUUUGAAUUUUAACUCUAGUGUCUUA